AUUAUUAUAUUUAUUUAGUGAAUUGUGUUUUUUUUUUUUAAAAUAAAGUGUCAAUGAAAAAUAAUUAAAUCAUAAUGACGGGAUUUGAUUUAAUGCUUAUGGGCAUUUGUAUUAUUUCUAAUACGACAAAUUGUGAUCGAAAUCAUUCGCUUCUCAUUUAUGAUGAUGCUAAAUAUUAUGGGGAAUUUGAUUUGGAUAAAAUGGAUUUAUCAACUGCUACGAAAAAUCUUAAACCUAAAGAUGAAAUUUUGUUACCGAAAGUUAUGAAAAUUACAACGCUUGAUAUGCCACCAUAUUCAUCAAUUUAUAAAUUAAAUGGAAAAACAAUGGGCAAUGUAACGUCACUCGCAUUUUAUAUAUUUGAUUUGAUAAGUAAAAAAUUAAAUAUUGAAUAUGAAAUUGUAAUGCCAGAACAAGAAAUACUUGGAGAUCACACAAAGGGUGUCAUUGGUUUGCUGCAUGAAAAGAAAGUCGAUAUGGCAGUUGCAUUUUUACCAAUGCAUCCUGAUAUGUAUCGUUAUGUAUCGUUCAGUCCAAUUUUAACACAAAUUAAAUUAAAAGCCAUGAUGAAAAGAUCAGAUAUUUUAGCAGUUAGAUCUGGUUUACUUGCACCAUUUACAAAUCAAGUUUGGAUAUUAAUUAUCAUUGCUGUUAUAAUUAGUGGUCCAAUUUUUUUUGGCAUAGUAUUUUUAAGAUCGUACUUAUGGAAAAAUUCAAAAACUGAUAAUUAUACAUUUUUACAAUGUGCAUGGUUUACUUAUGGUGCUAUAUUAAAACAAGGCUCAACAAUAUCUCCAAAAACAGAUUCAAAUCGUGUGUUAUUUGCAAGUUGGUGGAUAUUCAUAAUAAUAUUAACAUCAUUUUAUUAUGCAAGUUUGAAUAAGUUUUUAUACUCAUCAAAAUUGACAUUGCCAUAUCAUUCAAUUGCUGAUAUUGUGAAUGACAAUCAAAAAUGGUUAGCAACAAGUGAACGUUAUAUUGAUUUUGCUUUGAAGCAGUCAGAAAUUGAAGAUUUAAAAAUUUUAAAAACAUCAUUUGAAAAUGAUCAGGGUCGUUUUAUUACUAAACCAUCAGAUAGAGAAAUUUUGAAAAUAAUGGAUUCGGACGAUGAAGCUAAAAUAUAUCUCGGUGAGGAUAAUCAUUUGCAGCGAAUGAUUGCUGAUCAUUAUCUUAAAAUGGUUAGAAAAAAUAAACCUCAAAAUAAACGAUGCAAAUAUGUCAUUAUGCCGGAAAUUAUUUAUCAACAGCCAGUUGCAUUUGCAUAUCCAAAAGAUUCACCAUAUCAAGAAAAAUUUGAUAAACAAUUACGAAAUCUUGUGCAAUUUGGUAUAAUUAAAUAUCUUGAACAAAGAAAAUUACCAUUAGUACCUUACUGUCCAUUAAAUUUGAAUGAAGUUAAACUUAAAUUAAAUAUAAAUGAUUUAUCAUUAGCAUUUAAAAUAUUAGCCGGUGGUUUAACAUUAGCAACACUAACAUUUAUAUAUGAAAAAACUGGAGUACAUCAAAAAAAUACGAUUAAAAAAAUAUGUUCAUACAUUUUUCCAAAUUUUAAAAUUUGGAAAAAUCGUCAUAAUAGAAAACGAGUAUUGGCAAAAAAUCCUACACAAAUUCUACCACUUGUAUGUCGAGUUAAUAAUUAUUUUGAUGAUCAACCAAGUACUAGUAAUCCAUCACCAACUCGUCAAAGUGUCGGUAUGAACAAAAAAAUAAUAUAUAACGGACGUGAAUAUUUAGAAAUUGACACACCACGUCGAACAAGUAAACGAUUAAUACCAACAAGAUCUCUUUCUGCAUUACUUUUCCAAUACAACGAAUAAUUUUGACGUUGUAAAAUUUAAAUCAAUAUAUUGUGGUUUUUCAUGUAAAUUUAAUAAUUAAACAUCAUGUCAUUUUUUUAAAUACUUAUUUAUUCAUAAUAAUACAAUAAAUGUGUUUGAACA